AUGACUCCUUUUGCGUUUACGACGACGAAAACCUUUCCCUUUUCUUCUUCUUCUUCCUCCUGGACGAGAAGAGAAAGAAGAAGAGAACGAUCUCUGAGCGGAUCGUUUUCCUCGUGCAGUUCAAAUUCUUCUUCUUUGUCUUCUUCUUUUAACGACGGUCGAAAUUUUGCGCAAAACCGACGACAUUUUCAACGGUCCGAGAAAAAAAAAACGACGACACAGAUAAAAGCAAACAUCGAAGAUUACGACAUCGUCCCGAAAUCAGGAGGGAAAGCAAAAGGCGGGUUUGUCGGUGGGUUGUUAAUCGGCGGCGCGAUAUUCGGCGCGCUCGGGUUUUUGUUCGCGCCGCAGUUAAGCAAACACAUCUUGAAAGGGAAAAAAGUCUUGGACGAUUUGUUGGAGGAAGAAGAGGAAGAGGAGGAGGAAAAUUGGACAGAGGAAAAGGAGACGAACGCGACUUCCUCCUCCUCGAUAAAAUUAGAGAAACGAGCGGAAAAAGAGUUGGAGGAAACGAGGAAGAGUUUGAACCAAAAGAUUGCGGAGUUGAAUAAGGCGAUCGACGAGUUUAGCGACGAGGCGGAUGUGCGAUUGAACGCGAAGCUCGGGCGGUUGAGCGAAGAGCUCGAUUCCGCCGAAGCGAGGAGCUUUUGA